UUUUACUGUCAGUUGUCAAACACUAUUUUUCGGUUCUUGAAUUUAUUUACAAAAAUAUAAUUUCUUGAAAUAAAAAAUAACAUUUUAAUAUCAUCCGAUGGCAAAUCGGACAGUUAAGGAGGCGAAAAACGUCCAUGGGACUAAUCCGCAGUAUUUAAUUGAAAAAAUCAUCCGUUCCCGCAUUUACGACUCGAAAUAUUGGAAGGAACAAUGUUUUGCCCUAACCGCCGAAUUACUUGUGGACAAAGCCAUGGAACUACGAUUUGUUGGAGGUGUCUAUGGUGGCAACAUUAAGCCAACCCAAUUUCUCUGCUUGACACUGAAAAUGUUACAAAUUCAACCCGAAAAGGAUAUUGUUGUGGAAUUCAUCAAGAACGAAGAAUUCAAGUAUGUCCGUGCUCUGGGUGCUUUCUACCUCCGACUCACUGGCUCAUCAAUGGAUUGCUAUAAAUAUCUAGAACCUCUCUACAAUGACAAUCGAAAGUUACGAAGGCAAAAUCGUGGUGGUCAAUAUGAAAUUGUGUACAUGGACGAAUUUAUAGACGAGUUGCUCAAAAGUGACCGAGUGUGUGACAUUAUUUUGCCGCGUAUUCAAAAGCGCACUGUUCUGGAAGAGAACAACGAAUUGGAACCAAAAGUCUCAGCUUUGGAUGAAGAUCUGGACGAUGAUGUGGCUAGUGACGAUGAAGUGGUUCAAGAGAAAUACAAAGAUACUCCAAAGAAGAAGAAGAAAAAGGAGCGCUCCCGGUCAAGAUCUAGGUCGAGAUCGAGAGAGAAGAAAAAGGGUCACUCUGAUCCCAUUGACUAUGACCGCGAAUGUUUGAGAUACGAACGAGAUAGGGAAAGAGAUCGCGACCGAGGAGAUCGUGGAGACCGAGACCGGGACCGCAGACGCUAUGAACGUGAUGACCGAAGAGAAGAUUGGCAUGGUGGUGGUGGGGGUGCAGGAUUUGGCAGAGCAGACGACCGACAUUCGGGAAGAGGAGAACGCGAUGGUCGUUUUGCAAAUCAUGAUGAACGCGACCGACGCAGGGACAAGGAUAGGAGUGAUCGGGAUCGAGACCGAAGGAGGCAUUAAAAAAAAUCAUAAGUUUAGGUACUAAUAGAACUUUGAAUAUUACUCAUAGAAUUUUUUUUUAAUAAAAAAGAAAAAUUGAAGUUUUGUUUUUAUUUUUAAGUUCUACCAAAAGAUUUUAGGAAAAAUAAACAAACGGAUCUUUUUUGGAAAUAUAUCA